AUGGCUCACAAACUAGACGAAAAUUCUUCCUUCCUGUUGGAGGACGACGAGGAUUUCUCGGAGUCCUGUAACACGGACGAGGAAGAGGAAACACCACAAGACAAGUCCGAACUGAAAGCGGAUUUGGCCGUUCUACAGACCACCCCGUCAAACCAGGAGGAGUUAACAUACUUCUACGAAAUCCUGAUGAGAAGCAUCUUCCACAAGACGACCAAGGCACUCAAGAGCCGGAUAAAGGCUCUCGAGACCGCCUUGCCGUCCGCUUCCGCUGCGGUACAGGCCAGUCCCGCAGUUGAAGCCCCCCCUGCUGCCCUGGAAAUACCUGUGGAGUCCAUCGAGAUGGCCGAACUCCCAGCACAGGAGCCUAGCUCCUGCACUGCGACUCCAGCAGAUCUCCAGGACGAAGACGACGGGUUUCAAUCUGUCGUCAGCAGGAGGAAGAGGAGGGAGACCUCGGACCCGGAGACGGUCCCGAGGAAGACACCAACCAUCGCGCCACCCGACCAAGCUCCCGCUGCUACCACCUCCACCUCUAGGGCUGGGUUCAGGAAUACUCCUCCGGAGCCCAAAAACACCAAACCGCAGGACCAAGAUCCCUCCGAUCGUCAUAAGGGAGAAGACAAAAUUCGAGGAAGUCGCCGCCGUCGUGAAGUCAAAAAAAACCAUCACAGACUACAGAGUUACCCAGGACUAUCUGGAAUUCUCAAAAGUGCCGUUCCACUCCUUCUCCCUGCCAGAGGAGAGAAGGCUAUACAUGGUUCUCCGAGGUUCUUCGAGCACUGGUCGGCCGAUAGCAUCUUGGAGGACCUGAGGAAGCUAGGCUUUCACCCUCACUCAGCGGCACGGUAUUUCAACAGGAACAGGCAGCCCACACCACUGGUCCUGGUGCAGCUCCCGAGAGAAGAAAAGUCGAUCUUCUCACUUACGGAGCUGCGCGGCGUGGAGAUAAGGGGAGAAGCCCAAAGGAACAAGUCCAGGAGAAUACAGUGCCACAGGUGCCAGCUCCACGGACACGCCCAGGCCAGGUGCACGGCGGCCCACAAGUGCGUGAAGUGUGGCCAACUCCACGCCACCGCCGAGUGCACAAAGCCCCGCGACCAGCCGGCCACAUGUGCUAACUGUGGAGGCCCACAUACAGCCAACUACCUGGGAUGCCCUAGAAAUCCCAAGCAGAUCCUGAAGGCAAAAACUACCAGACGGGAUCGUCCGUUUACCUUGGGCACCCAGGACAACAGCCGCCUUGUCGCACCACCCACACCACCGCAACAAGCUGCAGCUGCUGUCCCCCCUCCGCUAGGUACAGAACCAAACGCCAUGCUACAAGCGUUCUUCGUCUCAAUGCAGCAGCAGUUCCAAAUGCUGCUGCAGAGCAUACAUUCCGUGGGAGCCUAA